AUAUAUAUAUACAUAUAUAGUGUACCCUUUUGCCGUCCGCAAAGGAGUCGGGCGGAUUUUCUAGCGUCUGGUACCUACACGGGAAUGAGUGACAGUUUUAAAGGAAAAAACAUAGGUAUACUACUAUGAGAAAAGGAAAAAUCGCUCAGAAAUCCUCGUCCUAGUUCGUCAUCUGUAUAUCCAUCGUAUUACGAUAUAUAAUAUUAUACAGCAUAUUAAAGUACACGCAGACCGACCGAUCGCUUGUCCGCCGCACUACUCGCGCGCGUGUUUAUUGUGUUAACGCGAAAGUGAGAGUUUGGGUUCCUUCCGGUUUCGGCCGUCCGUAAGAGAACAAAAUAAAAUACUAUGAUUUACGCCAGUAGGAUUCAAUUUGGAUUACCAUCAUGUACGCCACGGCCAAAUGAUGUAUGAUACUGACUCUGAGUGCGGCAAUGCCGCACCACUGACCCUGCACUAUGGCAACCACCACGUGUACCUGAUGGCGGAAAUCCAACAAGCUGGCGAUGAGCAUUCAGACAUGGAUCUGAUGUGUGAGCAGGGCGUCACCAUUCGGGCCCACUCUCUGGUGCUAGCUUCCGUCAGUCCGCUUGUUCGGCGACUACUCAAAGAAGAUAACGUGUGCAUGUACCAUAACCUGGUGCUUCAGUUCCCGGAAAUCAAGGAGUCACACAUGAAAACGGUGCUGGACUUUAUUUACACCGGACAGGCUAGCGUAUUGGAAAAUGAAUUCGACGAGGUGGUUAGCUUAUUGAACUUGUUGGAGAUUCGAUCAGACACGUGGCAAAGGGCUAUGUACGAGUCGGCAUCGUCAUCGUCACCACCACCACCCGGACAACCGCCGUCAGCUGCGUCAUCGGACUUGUCUGCAAGGACGGAUCCAGAAAAUCUGUCACCAACGUCCCGAUGUGAAGUACACCCCAAAAAGCGACGGAGACGGUCAUCCGUACCCGUAAAUUUGUCCAUCGACACGAAAAAUGACGAGGAUACGUCCGUUACCCAAUCUAACUGGCGGGUAUCUAAAUUCGAAGAGAGCCACCGGAAGUUGAGGAGGCGAAGCAGUUCGCCGUUCGAUGACUAUGCCCACCACCACGAACGUGAAUACCACCACAACGGUUUCCAACCAUUCCCGAAACGUGAACCACACUGGGUCGAAACUGAAUACCGGAGUUCGCAACUUCAGUACAGUUGUGAGGUAAACUUACCGUACAUGGACUCGGCGGAACCAAACUUAGAUCCCGAGAUCGAAGAGACAAAUGAUUCGGACAGCAAGGACGCAAGGCUGAAUCCCGCCGACUACGUGGUGACUCCGAGAAAACGAAAGAAACAGCCUGGCUUCCAGAACUCUCCAGCCCAGAACCCACCGUUCGUGCCCAUGUACUUCCACGAGAUGGCGUUCAGGCACCAGAAGAUCACGCAAUCACUCAGCUCCUUUGUGCAUCAUCCAUUCGGGUCCACACCACAGCCACCGCUGACCCAGCCACGGACCACGGACGACGGUGAUCGAGACACUCCACCGCACAGGACACCCAUCUACAUGGGCCGGUCCAGAUCUCAGGACUCCGGCGUGUACAGACCGCCACCGCCGCAGCCCCAGCUGCAACCACCACCGCCACCACCAUCAGACGACUGCAGUCCACCUCCACCGUCCGGACAGUCAACCCAGUCGUCAUCAUUUGGCAGUUUCUCUGAAAACGGGUCACCUUGGAAACCAUCGCCUGACGUGAAACCGAUGUCGCUGUCGUCCGAACCGGCGGCGGAAGUGCAGCACCAGCACCAGGCGCACCAGCACAGCUCGCCAGCGUCCGCGGCCGGACCGGCGUCCGCGGCGUCGUCGUCCGACACGGAGGACAAGUCGUCGGGUUGCGCGGGCGGAGCGGGCCGCGAGUACAAGUGCACUUACUGCGGCAAGCAGUUCGGCAUGAGCUGGAACCUGAAAACGCAUCUGCGGGUGCACACGGGCGAGAAACCGUUCGCGUGCCGCCUGUGCGUGGCCAUGUUCAAGCAGAAGGCGCACCUGCUCAAGCACCUUUGCUCGGUGCACAGGAACGUCAUAUCGCCCGGCACCAGCGCGGCGGACCAGGAGACGGCGGCCGCGUUCAACUGUUGCUUCUGUCAGAUGACGUUCGACACGCUCCAGCAGCUGGUCCGCCAUUUUUCGGGGCCGCACAACAACUUACUGCUCACCAAAAACCUGAACGCCUGACGCGCGCCGGCCCAAAUUUUUUUCUCCUCGCCGGGCGGCGCUCUGUCCCGUGUCGCCGAUUUUUUUUCUAAUAAUGACGAUAAUACAAUAUUAUCGUCUGUUAUUAUUUGCGUAAUACAAAUUUUCAGCGGACAAGACGUGUACCUCUAUAUU